AUGUUUAGCGUGACGUUCAUUUCGUACGCGGGAGUGCGACUUCCUCAUGGGCGCAGUUGUAGUGUGGAGCCGAGCACGGCGGACGCAGAUCAAUCGUCUCGAGAUGUAGUACAACUACAGCAAGCGAUGGAUCUCGUCUGUAUCUUCAUGUAUCAGGCGUCAUUUUCCGAAAGUAUUUCCCUCGGAGAAUCUUCUGCCUCAUGGAAUGAUGUGCUUUACCGGACGUGGCCUUCUGGGUCUCAUGGCUCCAUUCACGCGUUAACAUGUGCACUCUAA